AGAGACGUCUGCUCGUCUGGCGACUGGCAACACUACUGAGGACGUCUCCGAAUUUCAGGAUGUAUGUUUAGAUUUGAAAGGAUUUACUCAUUGAAAUGAUUUAAAUCAGGCAUUUGGAAAACAAAUAUCACACACUUAUUGUGAUCGUUGUAUUUUAUAUUUUUCAAAGCAAAGAAAAGAAAAAUAUAUUUUUUGGGGGCCAGCACUCACUCUUAUUCCGACAGCAAGCGAACGCAGCAUUAAAGCGACACUACUGUACCAAACUGGAUUGGCUUCAAAUGGAAUGAGAAUGAUUGAGAACAUCGGAGAAGUGUCGCCAGCCGAGCGCCAGCAGGUUCUGGAAGCUCUGGAGCGGCUGCAGUCCAAGCUGGUCCGGAAGGAGGAGUGGAGCCACUGCAAUGAGCGUGUGGGGACUCUGAAGGAGACCCUGCAGAGUCCCCUCUUCACCCACAUCCUGACCCUGCAGCACUCCAUCAGGCAGCUGAGGAACCAGCUGAGCAGCAUGCCGCCAGACGUCAGCAGCCAGUUCAAUUUUUCCAAAAAGGGUCAGCUGAUCUUGAGCGCAGGGGGCUCAACUCAGACCAAUGGCUGGCCUCCACCCACCCAUCAGACCGACGACCUUCAGGAGUGGAUGUGCUCUGCUGCCAAGGGCCGGAACACAGAAGGCAUCAGGCUGACUCGCCCACAGUCAGGUGGUCUUGGUUUCAGCGUGGUGGGUCUUCAUCCAGGAAGCAGCAGUCAGGACGUGUUUGUCAAACACAUCCAGCCAGGAGGCGUGGCCCACAGGGACGGGCGGCUUCAGGUGCGGGAUCAGAUCCUGGUGAUAAACGGACGCCCCCUGGUGGCGGGGAUGAGCCACCAGCAGGCGCUCACUUUGCUGCAGCAACCUGGCGAGACGGUGGAGCUGCUGGUGGCGAGGGACCGCCCAUCAGCAUCGACACUGGCGGUUGAUGACAAAGACGCGGGCCAGUGGGGUCACGUGGAGGAGAUCCAGCUGGUGAACGACGGUUCAGGUUUGGGCUUUGGUAUCGUGGGCGGGAAGACCGCCGGCGUGGUAGUGAGGACUCUCCUCCGAGACAGCGUGGCUGACAGGGACGGGCGUCUCCGCACAGGUGACCACAUCCUUCGCAUUGGGGCCACGCCCACCAGUGGUCUCACCAGUGAUCAGGUGGUUAAGGUACUGCAAGCGUGCGGCAGUCAUGUGACCAUGCUGAUAGCCAGGGACCCGUGGAGCCAGGGGACAAAUGCCCCGCCUCCUCCGCCGCCCCCAGACUCCGCCCCGGUGUCCGCAUUACCCCCGCCACUUCCAGAGCAGCCUCCCCAGCGGCGGGCCAGCAGGAUGCCCAACUUGGAGGGCUACGAGAUCCAUGAGGUUCCGCUGACCAAGAAGGACGGACAGAGUUUGGGAAUCUCCAUCGUCGGACACAACCCCCUCACCAGCCAAGAUGCGGUAGGCGUGUUCAUCAAGCAUGUGGUCCCAGGCAGCGCCGCAGAUCAGAGCGGAAAUAUCCGAGUGCACGACCGUCUGAUUGGCAUGGACGACGUCAGCCUGCACGGUCUGACCAAUCAGGAAGUAGUGGAGGUGAUGAAGCGGACGGGCAGGACUGUGGUCCUGACUUUGGUCAGGAAGAAGACCAAAACUCUCGAGAGGUCCCUAGACAGAGUGGAGUCUUCUCGGGGGUCACUGCGGAGGUCGCCGGAGGAAACGCAGAACAGAAUCAACGCUCCAGAUGCAGCACUGAAGGCCAAGUGGCAGCAGUCUUUGGGUCCACACUACCAAGUCCUGGUAAUAAACUUGGAUCCUGUGAUUGAAGACGAUGCUGAGCUUCAGAGGUCCUCCAAGCUGCUGCCCGUCCACAUGUUGCGACUCGGCGUGGAGUUGGACUCCUUUGACGGUCACCACUACAUCUCCUCUGUGGCGCCAGGAGGCCCCGUGGACAAAGACGGUGUCCUGAGACCGGAGGACGAGCUGCUGGAGCUGAAUGAUGUGCAGCUGUAUGGAAAGUCUCGUCGGGAGGUGAUCUCUUUUCUCAAGGAAGUGCCCCCCCCUUUCACGCUGGUGUGCUGCCGACACGCCGCCCUCGACACGGAAGCAGAAAAAGAGUUGGAAUAUGAAUUAGGACAACGAGCUGGAAGCAGCGUGGAGGACUUGGAGGUCAAACUGGCGUCGGCUCUUUGCAGUCAAAGGAGCGAGAUGCAACAGGAGCAGGAGGAAACCGUGCAGCAGGUCAUGGAGGUGGAAGAGGAGGAAGGGGAGAGGAGUGAACACAGCCAAGAAGAGGAGGAGGAGGAGCUGGCUCUGUGGUCCACUGAUGUGAACAUGUUGGAGUUGCACAAGGAGGCAGAUAGAGGUCUGGGCUUCAGCAUCCUGGACUACCAGGACCCCCUGGAUCCGGCUCGCUGCGUGAUGGUGAUCCGUUCGCUGGUUCCCGGCGGCUCGGCGGAGACACACGGGGGUCUGCUUCCUGGAGACCAGCUGGUGUCUGUGAACAGCAUCCUGCUGGACCAGCUGAGCCUGGCCCAGGCCGUGGAGGUCCUCAAGUCCGCCCCGCCCGGUGUCGUCCGUCUGGGCAUCCGCACGCCUCUGGUGGUGGAGGGCGGCGGGCGCCGGCUGGAUGGCGGCCAAAUGUCAGUCAGAGACACGCCUCAAUUGCAGGGGCCUGCAGAAGACAACCUUGGUCUAGAAGAAAUGGAGGAGGAGCCAGAGCUGAUCCUGGACGGCGGCGUGCCUCGCUACAUCGCCCCUUCUCUGGCCUGUGACCUUCCUGUGGAGGAGGGCAGGGAGAUGGCUGUGGACAAGGAGAAGAGGAGCUCCCUUCCCAGGAGAGCUCCCCCGUCGUGGGAGGAGUGGAAGCUGACGUCCUCGCUUCGACCUGAUGAGGCCAGUUUAUGGAGAGAAAAUGGAGGGAAUUCUACAACCUUGAAAAACGCUCGUACACAUUACAAAAAUACUGCAAGAGGAGACGUCCAACUUCCAGGUGAAACAAAGUUUUCCACUUUGGUGCCUGCUAAUGAUGGUGUGAUGCCUCCAGGCCAAUCCAGAGACAUGGAGGCCGGCCCAGAAGUCACCCUCACCCAGUCCAUGAGGAUGAUCGACAUGGAGAAGAGGAGGAGGCGGAGUCAAGGAGGUCACAAAGACCUUCCUGAGCGUGAGGAGGGGGAGGGCGAGGAAACCCCUCCCUUCAGUCACUGGGGACCCCCCCGCAGAGUGGAGGUGUGGCCUGAGGAGGGCCAGUCACUGGGCCUGACUAUCGUGGGGGGUCAGCACGUCAUCAAGCGCCUGAGGAACGGAGAAGAACUCAAGGGAAUUUUCAUCAAGCAGGUCCUCGCUGGAAGUCCUGCUGCCAGGACCCAGUGUCUGAAGACGGGAGACAAGAUCCUGGAGGUGUCAGGUGUAGACCUGCGGGCUGCCAGUCACGAGCAGGCAGUCGAUGCCAUCAAAUCAGCUUUGAGUCCGGUGGUCUUCAUCGUGCAGAGUCUGACUUCUACACCACGGGCGGUGUCUCUACCAGCGACCACGUCCAGCAGAAACAAAGCAGACCAGAGCACACACUCGCUGGCACCAAGAUUAGCCCCGCCUCCUGUGCGACAACCUCCACCAUACAGGCCUCCCAGCCAAUCAGAGCGUGAGCUGAUCUUGGAGCUGAAGCAGGCCGAAGAGCGUUGGUGUGAGCGUUACGGCGACCUGCGAGGGGAGCUGCUGUGCGUGGAGCUGGAGAAGGAGCGGCAAGGUCUGGGCCUCAGCCUGGCGGGGAACCGUGACCGCUCCCGACUCAGCAUCUAUGUGGUGGGCCUGCAUCCCGGCGGGGUGGCUGCACGGGACGGACGCAUCCAUGUGGGGGAUGAACUCCUGGAGGUGAACGAUGAAGUCCUCUAUGGGCGGAGUCACCAGAAUGCAUCAGCCAUCAUCAAGAGCUCCGCCUCCAAGGUUAAACUCAUCCUGCUCAGAAACCAAGAUGCUCUGAACAACAUGGCCGUCCCCCCCUUCCCCCCUCCCCCAGCUACCAGCCCUGAGCCGAGCGUCUCCCCGCCGCCCUCCGAUGAGGCCACUCCCACAGACUGGCCCCGUCCCCCAGACAACGAAACGCUGCGCUCAUCCGCAGACUUGCAGGACGAGACCAGCCUACGGGCGGACCACGCCGACGCCGCCGAUGCCCGCGGUCCGAGGGAGGACGACGCCAGCGCGGAGACGUGGACACACGGGCAGGCUGCCAGGGCCCCCACGGAGCAGCAGCUCAUCCAAGUAUGUGGUCAGUCGGUCAGGUGGUCCGGCAGCGGCGAAGACGGGGGAGCGUGGCGUAACACCAUAAAAGCGGCAGGAAGCUCCGCCUCCUUGGAGCCUCAGCGCUGCGCGGUGCUUCCCGGUCAGGAGACCACCUUGGAAAUCUGGAAAGGUGGAAGUGGGCUGGGACUCAGCGUCGUGGGAGGGAGAGACACGCAGCUGCAGGCCAUCGUGAUCCACGAGGUGUACGAUGAAGGUGCAGCAGCCAGGGACGCUCGACUGUGGGCGGGAGAUCAGAUCCUGGAGGUGAACGGGGUGGACCUGCGUGGGGCUUCACACGAAGAGGCCAUCUCGGCGCUCAGACAGACGCCGUCCAGAGUUCUUCUGACGGUUCUGAGGGAUGAGACUCGCUACCCGCACCACCAGAACCUGGACAUCUUCCUGGUGGACCUCCACAGGAAGAGUGGACGAGGGCUCGGCGUCAGCAUUGUUGGAAAAAGGAGCGGCAGUGGCGUGUUCAUCUCGGAAGUGGUCAGAGGGGGCGCUGCUGAGCUGGACGGUCGUCUAAUGCAAGGAGACCUCAUCCUGUCUGUUAACGGCCAUGACACAAAACACGCCUCCCAGGAAGCUGUGGCCGCCAUGCUGAAGUGUGCGCGAGGUCCCGUCUUGCUGGAAGUGGGUCGAUUCAAAGCUGCUUCCUGGAGCACCUGGAAGGAUGAGGUGGGACCACAAAGAGUGGUGACCCCUCCCCUCUCAAAGCCGCCAACACCCAAGCCAUGCAGUGACAUUUUAGCUCCAAGCAGCGGCGUGAUGUCAGAAGAAAAUGAUGUCACUUCCUGUCCUGACGACAUCACAGAUGAGGAGGUCCGCACCGUACACAUCGCCCGGGGUGCAUGUGACUCUCUGGGGGUGAGUAUAGCAGGGGGCAGGGGGAGCCCUUUGGGAGACGCCCCCAUUUUCAUCGCCAUGAUUCAGGAUGAUGGCGCCGCCGCCAACACACAACAACUCAAGGUGGGCGACAGGAUCAUUAGCAUCAACAAUCAGUCAGUGGAGGGUCUGUCUCAUGACGACGUGGUCAACAUGAUGAAACACACACAUGGAGACAUUUGUCUGCAGGUGGUGGCAGACACCAACAUCUUCAGUCAGCUGGACAACUUGGCCACUUUGUCUUCUCACACCGAGGACACACACACACAAGGUCCACCUUCCCGUACUAUCUGUCUAGAGAGGACUAGUAAUGGACUGGGCUUCAGCAUCGUGGGUGGAUUUGGGAGCACACACGGAGAUCUGCCCAUCUAUGUCAAGACUGUCUUCAGCAAAGGCGCAGCGGCGGUGGACGGGCGCCUGAAGCGAGGCGAUCGGCUGUUGUCCGUCAACGGUGAAAGUCUGGAUGGCGUCACACACGAGCAGGCGGUGGCCAUCUUGAAAAAGCAGACAGGAGCUGUGAGACUGCAAGUACUGUCCUAACACACACAAACACACAAACACACAAACACUAGCAGCCUUGUAGUUCAGCGCUGGUUAGCAGAGCUUGCUACAUUAGCAUGUUGUGUCACGGACAAAUGUGACUUGAUGUUGACACCUGGUGCCACUUCCUGUGAAGAGUACUCCCUCAACAGCAGCGUCUUCCAAGUCAUCCCAUUCAUGGACUCAUUUAGCACAGCUCACUGACUUGUGUUUGCCAGGCCUCUCUGGAUUGUUGGCUUAUAGAAUGACCACAAAUAGAAAUAAAUGUAUAUGUUUAUCACGAA